AAUUACUGCAGCCUGCCAUCCGUCAAACUGGCAGCAUAAUUUUUUUUUGUUUAAAGGCAAAUUUUCUCACAUUAUUGGACUGAUACAUAAUCAUUUGAGUCCUCCUCUCUUUGUCGCCUCCCCCUCCACCCUAACAUGUUUGGUCUUGGUCUGUCUGUCCGCCUCAGGGAACCUAGAGUACCAUUUGAGACUUCACAGAGGAGAGAGGCCGUUUCCCUGCCUCGAGUGCAGCCAGGCUUUCACCCAGAAGCUUGAUCUCCAGCGACACAUGUUCUCCCACACCAAAGGGGGAUUUCUCUGCAGCUUCUGUGGGAAGUCUCUGAGGGACCCCCACAGCCUGAGGUACCACGAGAGGCUGCACACUGGAGAGAGACCCUAUUGCUGCUCUGUCUGCGGGAAAGGCUACACGCUGGCCACCAAACUGAGGAGACACAUGAGGUCUUCCCAUCUGAAAGAAAAGCCAUACAGUUGCUCCUGCGGUGCUUCCUACACUGUGAAACAAAGUCUGCUGAGACACCAGGCACAGCACAGGAUGGAGGCAGGAGGUCAGAAGGAGGUGGAAGGAGAACAGAGAGAGGAGGUAGACCAAAAUGCUGAGCAGGAGCCAGAGGCUUUAAGCUGUAGUCACUCUAAACCGGUUCGAGGCAGACCAAAGAAAGGUCUGCGCCUUCAAGAGUCUGGGGGGAGGGGAGGAGGAGAUGCUGAGCAGAGAAGAGAGCUAGGAGAAGAUGAGAUCAUGAGUGUUGAAACAGCAACCAGAGGAGCAGAAGAGACUCCAGGCGACGUCCAGCACACUGUUGUCUAGGUCCACUCAGAUGACCUGUCUGCACCGACCUCCACUCCCCUGCUCCUAGAUGCAGAGGACUUGCUGCCUGCAGGAACAGAGCCAGGGCUGGUGGAGGUGGUGAUAUCGGAUGGCGUGGAGCAGUGCAUCAUGGUCCAGGGUCAGCAAAUGGAGGGAGAGCUGCUGAUCCUGCAGGAGGAAGAGGGUGGACUCUGCACUGUGGCUCAGACUGUUGAGAUAAAAACAAUAUAACCAAAACCCUCAGCUGGAGCGUCUCAGGCCAGUGACUCAGUGAACCUCCCUUCUUCCAGCCUACCUCAACUACAGGUGUUGUGUUCAUGGCAGGAAGGAUUUAAAGUGGUUAAAUGCUAAUUUUACACAAAAAUUCCAGCAAACAAAGAUGGAACCUUGUUUUUAUUUUAUCAUGCCUGUGUAUGUUGCCAACACUCGACUCCGAAAUUAGUUGAUUUUUGUUGAUGGGGAGAACUUACCUCGUCACAUUCCUGUAAAAGUGCACUGAAAAUAUCCCAGCGUUACAUCACUUCUUCAACAUUUACCUGGUUAUCUCCUGGAGGCAAAGGAAUAGAAUAAAACUUCAGUGAACUUCUGGAAAGUGGCUGACUGUGUGAGCGCAGACUCCAAUAAAAUCCAAAAUAAUACAGAAAUGGGAAAUCCUACAUUUCAAAUUGUAUUUUUUUUAUUUUUUGUAAAAGCAGUUUUCAUAAGGAAACAAGGAGCAAAGGAACAGAUGAAACAGUCUCAAUACCCAAGCAAACUAACUUCCUGAUUCUUUCCAAAUUCAGACUGUGAAA